AUGCAUGGCGGUAGAUGGCACUUUGUAAAGUGGCCUUCAUUGAGUACUUAACUAGAUGCCACUUAAACGAGGGUAAAUUUGGAACACCCUUGGAAUACAAGAAAAUGCAAUCCUUUUUAAAGAAUACAUGGAAUUCUAUCAAUCCGUUAAUUUCUUCGCUACUCAACAAUGAACUGAUCGUUUUAAAAGAUGAGCAGUAUAAAGUGCUUCAACUACUCGGUGAAGGAGGAUAUGCGUUUGUGUAUCUUGUUGAGAAUGUGAACAGUGGUGAAAAGUUUGCGUUGAAAAAGAUUAAAUGCCAUUCAGGUCGAGAAGGUGUUCAAAAAGCAUUAAUAGAAGCAAAGUUUCAUGAAGAAUUCAACCAUGCCAAUUUACUAAAAAGCAUACAUGUUCAAUUGCAAAAGGAGGUCGAUGGUGUUCAAUAUGUUUAUAUUAUGUUUCCCUUUUUUCAAAAAGGCACUGUUGCGCAGAUUGUUCAGAGUCAACAUAAAAAGAAUACUUUUAUUCCCAAACGAAUUAUCUUGAGCUGGUCCCUAUGUCUUUUACAGGCUUUGAAAUAUCUCCAUAACGGGGGUGAGGACUCUGCUUCUGAAGAUGCAGUGGAUACAACAAACCUAAUUGAUUUACAAUUAGAAAACAAGCCCAUGAAAAAAAAGAGAACCAAUAGCUAUCUUCAUGGAGAUGUGAAACCUGAAAACUUACUUUUGAGCGACGAUAUGAGAAAUGCCGUUCUUACAGAUUUUGGAAGCAUCUGUAGGAUUCCUUCUAUUAUUUCAAAUAACUCAGAGGCUAUAAGUUUUGAGGAUAAAGCCUCAGAAAACUGUACUAUGCCUUAUCGAGCUCCCGAGCUUUUCCAUGUAAGACCAGGUUCUAUAAUUACAGAGAAGGCAGAUAUAUGGAGUUUUGGUUGCACUUUGUAUACAAUCAUGUUUGGCUACACUCCUUUUGAAAAGCAAGUCAGUCAGGGAGGUUCUUUGGCUUUAGCUGUUUGUAACGCACAAUACUCUUUUCCAUCCGAAAAUCCCUACGAACCGAGGCUGUCUAAUUUAGUCUGUGCAUGCCUACAGUUGAAUCCUGAACAACGUCCAUAUGCAGAUGAUUUAAUCCAUGCCAUUAAAGGAAUAAUGAACGGUUAAUAUACAAAGUAUCGUUUGGCGGUUACGGAAUCUAUUUGGAUAGAUAUUAGAAAAUUCAUGUUUUCUUUGAUUUCAUACAAUAAUAGCUAAGGAAUCGUAAUAUUUAUAAAAUACCUUCUAUGAAUUGAUUGUAUA